UGACGUUGCAUUCUGAGCUCUGCGUGUUCUAUUUGGGGAAAUUAAGCUAGUUAGCUAACGGAUCAAUCUGAGCAAUUUAAACAAGAGUUUCUUUAUAAAUACGGGUUGUUAUAUACUUUGUCAACUUUAAAUCAAAAGCAAGCUCUAACCUGUUUUCCGCAGAAGGUAGACAACAUCCCCCGCCGGGGACAUUAGUAGUUAGCAGUUAUUGAGCUUUGCUAACGUUAUCUAGCUAGCUAAAAAGCUAAUAACAACAACACGGCUCUGGAGCUGUCAGUAAGACAUUCUGGAAUAUGGCUGAGUCCAGCGGCAUUAUUGAAGUUACUGUGAAGACUCUGGACUCCCAGAGCAGGAGCUACAAAGUCAGAGGCGAGCUGACAGUGAAGAAGUUCAAGGAGCACAUAGCAGCAUCAGUGGAGAUCCCAGUAGACAAGCAGAGGCUCAUCUACCAGGGCCGAGUGCUGCAGGACGACAGAACGCUGACUGAAUACAAUGUAGACGGGAAGGUCAUCCACCUGGUGGAGCGUGCCCCACCUCAAGCUUCUAUGUCCGGUUCUGGGGAUGCGGGUGUUUCUGCCGGGAUGGCAGAAGGUGGAAGUAGCAGCUACACUUCCUACCAGGGUGCACCACAUGACCGCAACGCAAACAGCUACGUGAUGCUGGGGACCUUCAACCUGCCCGUCAGCAUCAUGGAGCCCCAGCAGAUACAGAUGUCCGUUCAGCAGAUGAUGGCUGAAGUUGGUGAAGCUGGAAGGAGUGCCAGGGUUGGCACCAGCAGCGGGAACAAUGGCUCGGUGGACGUACAGAUCAACUUGGACCAGUCGGUGCAGAGUGAGGCCAGGAUGAGGCUGCAGCUGGCUGAGAACCUGCUCAGAGACGCGUGCUCUCUGAUCCACAGGCUGGAGGGAGUUUCCAGUGACCGCAGCUCCCAUUCACAGCCAGAGGCAUCCCAGUCCUCUUCUUCCAUGCUUCCAUCUUCCUCUUUUGUUGGAGGGGCUGUAGCAUCACAACCCACGGACUCCAGCUCUCCUCCUGCUCCAUCAUCCUCCACCUCCAUUCAGACUGAGGGACCAGCCAACACUGGGCCCAGUCACCCGAGUCCAGCAGAGUUUGUGGAGGUUCUCUCUGAGGUCAGGAGGGUGGAAGAGCGGUUACGUCCCUUCCUAGAGAGGACCCACUCGAUUCUCGGAGCCGCCACUUCUGCAGACUACAACAACAAUACCCAGGAAAGAGAGGAGGAUCAGCGCGUUCUCAACCUGGUCGGAGAUGCUCUGCGUCUCCUUGGCAACACUUUAGUUGUCCUCGGUGACCUACGUUGUAACCUGGCAACCUCUCCUCCACGUCACCUGUAUGCGGUUCGCCCCAUGGCCCACUACACCCACCCUGUCCUGCUCCAGGCUGGUCUGCCACACAUCCCCCUUCCAAUAAACAUGGGGACAACAGUAACAAUGGCAGCUGAAGGACAACGCCAGCCCUAUCAGGAUGCUGGCCAAUCAGAUCAGCAGGCUGCAGGUGAUGCUCCGCCUCUUCAUUCAAAUGGGACCACUCAUCACCAAGGACAGGGAGGACCCCGAGUGAUCCGGAUCACCCACCAGACUAUGGAGCCUGUAGUCAUGAUGCAGAUGAACAUUGAUGGUGAGCCAGCUGCUGGGUCUCAGGUUUCAGGGCAGUCUAAUGCUGCAGGUCCCGGACAGCUAGGAGGGACACCUGUUCACUUCCCAGGCCUGCCCCCUGAGUUCAUGCAGGCCAUCGUGCACCAGAUCUCCCACCAAGCCGCCGCCAUGGCUGCUGCAGCCUCAGCAGGCCACCCAGGACAGGCGGCGUCUGGCCCUGGCUCAACACCAGCCGCUGUGGGAACUGCUUCCGCACAGCCCCCCCACCCCGCUCAGGCCAGGGUUGUCAUCACCAGACCAUCCUUUUCCCCCCGCAUCCCGCAGCCUCUGGGAACCAGGGGAACCACUAUCAACCUGAGGGCCACAGUACCCACAGCUGGCCAGCAGCCAGGACAGGGAACACCUCUGGCUCCCUCCUCCCUCACCCAGAUGAUCAGUGGUCUUGUGGGUCAGCUGCUGACACCGGGACAGCCAGGUGAUGCCAUGUUCUCAUCCUCUUCAGCCAGCUCUCAGUCCUCCUUUUCUACCUCUUCUUCUUCGUCUGAUUCCUCCACCACGUCUCCUCCCCCUCCUUCUGCCAACACCUCUGGACAGACAUCCACCCACACCACCAGCACUACCACCGUGGGCCAGCAACCAGAGGCCAGCCCUGAGGGAAGUCUGGCCCAGCUCCUGGGCUCUCUGCUAGGAGGAGCAGCUGGACCAGGGGGUCCCGGCUCUGGACCAGCUCCCUCCAUUACUGUGACAUUGCCGGGUGUCUUCCAGGGCAUGUCCGACUUUAUCCCGCCAUCUGCCGGCGGCCCUGCUGCCCCAGUCCCCCCUCAGUCCGUCGGUCCUGCCCCGCCUCAGGCCCGCAGCGGUGCAGGUGGAGAUUCUCUGAGCCCGGAGCUAUUCACCGGCAUCGUGCAGGGAGUGCUGUCCACCAUGAUGAGCUCUCUGGGGACACAGCAGGGCAAUGGAGAGAGCAUCGCCCACUUCAUCCAGAGACUGUCCCAGACCAGCAACCUGUUCACCCCUAGCUCUGGAGAUGCUGUGGGGUUCUUUGGUGACCUGCUGUCCCUGGUGUGUCAGAGCUUCUCCAUGGUGGACAUGGUGCUGUUGCUUCAUGGGAACGCCCAGCCUCUGAGCCGCAUCCAGCCCCAGCUCACUGACUUCUUCACCGAACACUACCUCCAGGGCAGAGAGCCCACUGAUGCUAACAUAGCUACAGCAGCUGAGGACCUCAUCAACGGACUGGAGGACUACAUAGCUGAGAGCUUUGCCACAGUGACAGUGCGAGACGGAGUGGACAUCGUUCAGACCAACCUGUCCUUCCUCAGACAGCAGUUCACACAGGUGGCCUCUCAUAUCCUGCACUGCCGCGAUCACAUGUUUGGCCCCCGUCUUCUGUUGCUGUGCACUCAGGGCCUGUUUGAGUGUCUGGCUCUAAACCUGUACUGCCUCAGAGGAGAACAGAGAGCUCUGACUGCAGUCAUCAACCACCGCAUUAGGAGGAUGUCUGCAGAUGUCAAUCCCAGUCUGGUCAACUGGCUGACCAGUAUGAUGUCUAUGAGGCUGCAUGUCAUUUUGGAACACAACCCAGUUACCGAGGACCAAAUCCAGCACUACAUCAUCUAUACACGGGGUCCGAUGAACCAGAGGACAGGGGAUGAGCUGGAGCCCCUAUCUGAGAGUCCAAAUGUGGAGAUGGAGGACAGUUUGUCUCCAGCUCCAGCCACCACAGCAGAGGACGCCGUGGCUUCUCCAGCCGACGGCGGAGAGAGAGGUACGUCUCCUGCACAGGACGCCGCCUCAGCGGGGGACACUCAGUGUCCCGCUGGGGCCCCGGCAGGAUGGGAGGAGGCGACCCCUGAGGUGGAGCAAUGGACAGCAGCUGUUCCACCUGAAUGGGUUCCCAUCAUCAGACAUGACAUGCUGUCUCAGAGGAAGCUCAAAGCCCAGCCGCCGCUGUCCGACGCCUACCUGCACGGGAUGCCCGCCAAGAGGAGGAAGACGAGCCAGUGUGACGGGCCGCACCUGUCCCUGUCAGACGCAGUGACUCGGGCUGCUCGCGCUGCAGGAGUCCUGCCUGUCACUGCCCGGCACAGCCUGCAGGUGGAGCUGGAGAGGCCAGAGCUGCAGGAAGCCUACGCCAAACAAGUAAAGAGUGACAUCAAAGAGCGAGUGAGAGACAAUCCGGACUACAACACCCAGAGAUUUCCCAACACGCACCGAGCUUUCUCUAUAGAAGACUCCUAAUCAUCCACAGCCCUGUGCCACAGAGGAUCAAGGCCAGGUCCAGAACAGCAGGAUCUGUACACACUACCUGCAGCGUGGUGUCUGUAGUGUUUUAACAUCCUGUUGUAAACAUGGCCUGAAAGGGCGAAAGCACCUGACUGAAUUAUUCCUCCUCCCCGUCCUCCACCUGCUGUAGUUCGGACUUCAGACCCUCCAUGGUGCAUGAUUUGAGGAACUGUGAGCUACUUGAGUCACCUCAUGCUAAAACAUUCCCACUGCUCUCAGACACCUCUGAGAAACUAGUGAUGGAAUCAGUUUAAUGCCAGAGUACUACCCACUGGAUGUAAGACCAGAUCUGAGCAGGUCAGUGCAGGAGAGGGCUGGGCCACAGGAAGCACCAAUCCUCUUCUGUAGUAGUAGGGCCACAGAAUAGACAAUUGACCUGUUUGAGGAAAAGCUGAAAAGUUCCAAGAAAAAGGUCGUAAUACUGUGAGAACAAUGCUGGAAUGUUAAAAAAAAAGCAUGAAAGCAAAAGUUUGAAUGUUGCAAAGUCAAACGUGAUAAAAUUUUAAGAAUGAAGUCAUAGGUUGCGAAGAAAAAAAAUAGCUGAGAAAAAUGCUAAUCUUGUGAAGAACAAGUGAUCUUAUAAGUUUUAGUGUUGCACAGACAAAAGUCCUAAAAUGAGAAAAGUCCAAAUAUUGUCAGUUAAGUUGGAAAGAAGUAGUUAUGAGUUAAACUUGACAUUUUACUAGAAACAAAGUCACAAUAUUUCAACAAUAAAGUCACAUAAUGGAAAUAUGUCGUAGUAAAGUAGGGACACUGCAAAAAAAUACAAUACAUGAGGUGUCGGAAUGCACAUCCAAUGUAAUCAUGAAUAUGGUGUUCUUUGCAACCUUUUCCUUGGAAUACUCUGACUACAUUGUCAUGUUGUGACACCAAAUGUCAUUUUCCUGAAAUACUCAUUCUGAGCACUUCUAUGGUGCAAAUGUAGUUGCAGAAGUGUAAAUGAGCGCAUAUUGUACAUAGUAAAUGGGCAGUGAAGUCAUAGAGCUUUGUUGGUGUCAGUCAUUAUAUUUAUUAUUGACACUUGUGUCUGCUUAGACAGGAUACCUCAGUGAACCACGUGUUCGCUGCUGUGUAAGAAUCAGGCUGUGGUGAUGGUAGGUGUGUGAUGUCUGUCUGAAGCACAGCUGCAUCAGGCUGAAUGGUUCCUCAUCACUGAAAUAAAUGAACCUAUUCAAUAUCAA